AUGACUGAGAGUGGCGUGGUGUGUGUUGCAGACAAGCACCUGACGCGCAAGACGCCGCCGUCGUACGCGGACGGCGUGUACAUGCUGGCGGGCCAGAACCGGCCCUCCCCGCGCAAGCUCAGCCAGCUCUUCAUGAAGGGCCAGGACGGGCUGGGCUCCGCGCGCAACCGCACCGCGCUACUCGCCUUUUUCGGCCAAGUGGUGAGCUCGGAGGUGCUGAUGGCGAGCGAGAGCGGCUGCCCCAUCGAGGUGCACCGCAUCGAGAUCGAGAAGUGCGACGAGAUGUACGACACCGAGUGCCGCGGCGACAAGUUCAUCCCGUUCCACCGCGCCGGCUACGACCGCAAGACGGGCCAGAGCCCCAACAGCCCGCGAGAGCAGAACAGAAGUGCAAAUUUUAGACGGCAUAUGGGUCGUACAUGCACAGAUCAUGCUUUGACUGAGCGUCCAUCUUUGCAGACGAACCGCAUGACCUCGUGGAUAGACGGCAGCUUCAUCUACAGCACGAGCGAGGCGUGGGUGAGCGCCAUGCGCAGCUUCCAGAACGGAACCUUCCUGACGGACGACGAGGACGCGGACAUGCCCAUCCGCAACACCAUGCGCGUGCCGCUCUUCAACUCGCCCGUGCCUCACGUACUGCGCAUGCUCAGUCCCGAGCGGCUCUUCUUAUUGGGUGAUCCCCGUACAAAUCAGAAUCCAGCCCUCUUAGCCUUUGGAAUCCUGUUUUUCCGAUGGCAUAAUGUGGUGGCUGGAAGAGUACAAGCAAUGCAUCCAGACUGGCCUGAUGAAGAAGUAUUUCAGAGAGCCAGAAGAAUAGUCAUUGCAACUCUCCAGAAUGUAAUUGCUUAUGAAUAUCUACCUGCCUUCCUUGGAGAGGAAUUGCCUGCAUACACUGGUUACAAGUCUGAUGUUCAUCCUGGAGUGAGUCAUGUUUUUCAAAGUGCUGCUUUCCGAUUUGGUCAUACCCUAAUUCCUCCUGGACUUUACAGAAGAAAUAAUCAGUGUCAAUUUCGGGAUACUGAUAAAGGUUUCAGAGCUAUUCGUUUAUGUUCCACUUGGUGGGAUUCUAAUGAUGUCCUUGCCAAUAGCUCUGUUGAUGAGCUUCUGAUGGGAAUGGCAUCACAAAUUGCUGAGCGGGAAGAUACAGUACUUUGUUCUGAUGUGAGAGAUAAAUUGUUUGGUCCUAUGGAAUUUUCAAGAAGAGAUCUGGGAGCUUUAAAUAUAAUGCGUGGAAGAGAUAAUGGAUUGCCCGAUUACAAUACAGUCAGAACUUAUUUCCGCUUGCCUCGUAUAAAAGAAUGGAGUGACAUAAAUCCAAAACUAUUCGCAGAACGACCUGAAUUAGUUAGAAAUUUGGCUGCAGCUUAUAACAAUCGUCUAGAUAAUGUGGAUGUUUAUAUUGGAGGCAUGUUGGAAUCCAGAGAUGGCCCUGGAGAAUUAUUUACAGCAAUAAUUAAAGAACAGUUCUCUCGCAUCAGAGAUGCUGAUCGUUUCUGGUUUGAGAAUGCUGAGAAUGGAAUAUUUUCUGAAAAGGAAAUAGCAGAUUUACGAAAAAUAACAUUGUGGGAUAUCAUUGUCAAUAGUACACAUAUUCGACCAAAAGCCAUUCAGAAGCAUGUCUUUUUCUGGAUGAAAGGCGAUCCUUGCCCCCAGCCUUUACAGUUGAACACAAGCCUUCUUGAACCUUGCAUGUAUCUCAAAGGUUAUGAUUACUUUGAGGGAAGUGAAUUGGCAUUUAUUUACGCAUGCAUUUUCCUUGGUUUUGUACCAAUUAUUUGUGCUGGAGCAGCUUAUGGUGUAGUUAAACUACAAAAUCGCCGUAGAAGGCAGCUUCGUAUGAAACAGGAAGAAUUGAAAUCUAACAACACUGCUAAAAUAUCAGUUGACAAAAUGAUGGUGCGAGAGUGGCUUCAUGCAAACCAUCGCAGACUUGUGAAAGUUAAAUUUGGUCCAGAGGCUGCAUUGCAUACAGUAGACCGUAAAGGAGAGAAACUCAGAACAGUAAAUUUCAAAGGAUGUGAUGCAUUGACAAUUGAAGAAUCACAGCCUGAUGGUAGCAGAGCAAGCAGAAAGAGGCCCGUUGUACUAAUAAGAGCACCAAGAGAUCACGAUUUAGUGCUCGAAUUUGAUACAAUGGGUUCCCGAAGGAAAUUCGUCACAAAGUUGGAAACUUUCUUAACCUCGCAUAAAAAGAGAUUAUUGUCGGUUCCUGCCUUGCGUGAAGUUAUGUUAACUAAUGCAGAAACUCGAGAACGUCGACAAAAACGUUUGGAACACUUUUUCCGAGAAGCUUACGCUCUCACAUUUGGUCUAAAGCCGGGAGAAAAACGGAGACGACUUCGGGAUAGGGAUGCUGCAUCUGAUGAUGAUGCUGUAAUGCGUACUUCACUCUCUAAAAGUGAAUUUGCAAAUGCUCUGGGUAUGAAGUCGGAUGAUGUCUUUGUUCGCAAGAUGUUUAAUAUUGUUGACAAGGAUGGUGAUGGCCGUAUUUCUUUCCAGGAAUUUCUUGACACUGUUGUAUUGUUUUCGAGAGGAAAAACUGAAGAUAAAUUGCGCAUAAUAUUUGAUAUGUGUGACAAUGAUCGCAAUGGUGUCAUAGAUAAAGGAGAACUAUCAGAAAUGCUCCGAUCUUUGGUUGAAAUUGCUCGUACUACCAGUCUUUCUGAUGAACAUGUCACAGAACUUAUUGAUGGAAUGUUUUCGGAUGCUGGUCUUGAACAUAAAGAUUUUCUAACUUAUGGUGAUUUCAAGUUAAUGAUGAAAGAGUACAAAGGAGAUUUUGUAGCAAUUGGACUUGAUUGUAAAGGUGCUAAACAAAAUUUCUUGGACACAUCCACUAAUGUUGCUAGAAUGACGAGCUUUCAUAUUGAACCACCAUCUGAUCAUGGAAGACAUUGGUUGCAAAAGAAAUGGGAUUGUAUAACAACGUUCUUGGAAGAAAAUCGUCAGAAUAUUUUCUAUUUAUUUGUAUUCUAUGUCAUUACCAUUGCCUUGUUUGUUGAAAGAUUCAUUCAUUACUCUUUUAUGGCUGAGCACACUGAUUUAAGACACAUAAUGGGUGUUGGUAUAGCUAUCACUAGAGGAUCGGCUGCAUCACUGAGCUUCUGCUACAGUUUACUUCUUCUAACUAUGUCACGUAAUCUUCUUACAAAGCUCAAAGAAUUCUCAGUCCAGCAGUACAUUCCAUUGGAUGCUCAUAUUCAAUUUCACAAGAUAGCAGCAUGUACAGCACUAUUCUUUUCACUCUUGCAUACUGUUGGACAUAUUGUAAAUUUCUACCAUGUAUCUACACAACCUGUGGAACACCUUCGAUGCCUCACUAGUGAAGUGCACUUUCCAUCUGAUUAUAAACCUGGAAUAACCUUUUGGCUCUUUCAAACUAUCACAGGUUUAACUGGUGUAUUGUUGUUUAUUGUUAUGGUAAUAAUUUUCGUUUUUGCUCACCCCACCAUUCGAAAAAAAGCCUACAAAUUUUUCUGGUCGGCCCACAGCCUGUACAUUGUAUUAUACAUUCUGUGUUUAAUCCAUGGUCUAGCUAGAUUGACAGGUGCUCCUCGUUUCUGGCUGUUCUUCAUUGGCCCUGGAAUUGUUUAUGCUCUUGAUAAAGUAGUGAGUCUUCGUACAAAAUACAUGGCAUUAGAUGUAAUAGAGACCGAGCUUCUACCUUCUGAUGUAAUAAAACUAAAGUUUUAUCGGCCUCCUAAUUUUAAGUACCUAUCUGGGCAAUGGGUUCGCUUGUCAUGUACAGCCUUCCGGCCAGAAGAAUACCAUUCAUUCACACUUACUUCUGCUCCUCAUGAAAAUUUCCUGUCUUGUCAUAUAAAAGCUCAAGGUCCAUGGACCUGGAAAUUGCGAAAUUACUUUGAUCCUUGCAACUACAAUCCUGAAGAGGAUCACCCAAAGAUUCGUCUCGAAGGCCCAUUCGGUGGUGGAAAUCAAGAUUGGUAUAAAUUUGAAGUAGCUGUGAUGGUAGGAGGAGGUAUUGGUGUUACUCCUUAUGCAUCAAUUCUUAAUGAUUUAGUUUUUGGAACCUCAACCAAUCGGUACUCAGGAGUUGCAUGUAAAAAGGUAUACUUUCUUUGGAUAUGCCCAUCACAUCGCCAUUUUGAAUGGUUCAUAGAUGUUUUAAGAGAUGUGGAGAAAAAAGAUGUUACUAACGUCUUGGAAAUCCAUAUAUUCAUUACACAAUUCUUCCAUAAAUUUGAUCUUCGUACAACUAUGUUGGUGAGCAAAAUAGGUGUGUUCAGUUGUGGGCCCAGACCACUAACUAAAAGUAUAAUGUCAGCCUGUGAAGAAGUAAAUAAAGGGCGAAAACUACCUUACUUCAUCCAUCACUUUGAAAAUUUUGGCUAAUCCACUGUAAAUACUUAGAAAAAUUUUAUUUCACUGUGAAUAGUCAAUUCUCUGAACGUUCAUUUCUUUUAGUGGAAAAUUUUUCAACUGUAAUAGUUUUCAUGCAGUUCUGAUCUGCAAGAAAAUAACAUUGAACAAUGAAUUCCAAUGUUUUGUGAAAUAUUGUACAAAUAACAAACAUUUUAAAAGAAGAGUUCACAAUGCAUUUGAGAUGAUUAUACUUCAUUUAUACUUUGUCAGAACAACUAUUUCCAAGCUGCAGAAGAGCUACUAAUUGAAAGUGAAUAGUUCCCAAUAUACUCAUAUUGGCAAAAAUAUGAGUAACAAUUGCAAUUUAUUGAAGACAAAAGUGCAAGCAUACGAGUGAAAAUUCAAGAUGGCUUGAAAGUUAAAAAAAUUCUGUGGAAUUACCAAAUGAUGAAAAUGAUUAAAGUUGAAUUUUUUAUGUAUAUGUAACAAUAACUGUGAUAAGUGUCCAAAAGACCAAAUUAUAGAUCUAGAUCAAUUUUCAAAGAACUUUUAGUUCAGGCAGGGGUCUCUGUAUUGUCUCAAUACCAGACAAAAAGAGAUAUUCUUAGAUAGUAAAGUAUUGCCAUGAUGAUUCAGAGUUAAGCUUUAAAAUAUGUGGUUUAAAAAUGAUUGUAAUUGCAAUGAAUUCCUUCUAAGGCAAACAAAAUUGUGUUAUCUCAUUGAGUCGAUUACGACAAUGAGGUCAGAGAAUGCAGUGUUACAACAGUAACACCUAUAUAAAUUUCAGCAAUUUAAAGCAACUUUUGUUGUAAAGAAGUUGCAUUGCAAAAGCAUUCUCAGAAACUAUUCUUGUAAGUUAACUUAUUUAUUGUGUCGUGAUUGAGUCAGACUUGUGUAUAAAAGGAUCCAUUAACACAUGGUCCAAAAUAUUGUAAAUAUGGUGAUUGUUUUGUAAAGAUAUUUUGUAUUAUGUACUGAAUAAAUAAGUGCCACAUCACAUGUGACAUAAAUUGAAUA